AUGGUGGCGGCGAAGACGGAGGCCGGCGGGGCUGCCACCGCCUACUUCCGCACAGCCAGACUCUUGCCCUCGCUGGUCACGGCCCUGGCGCUGGGCUACUUCGCGUGGGUUGUCUUCUGGCCUCAGAGCAUUCCUUAUCAGAGCCUAGGGCCCCUGGGCCCCUUCACCCGGUACUUGGUGGACCAUCAUCACAGCCUUCUACACAAUGGGUAUUGGUUUGCCUGGCUGAUUCACGUGGGAGAGUCUUUGUAUGCCAUGGUAUUGUGCAAGUCUAAAGGCAUCACAAAUGGUCGGGCUCAACUACUGUGGUUCCUGCAGACUUUCCUCUUUGGGAUAGCCUCCCUCUCCAUCUUGAUUGCUUACAGACCGAAACGCCAAAAGCACACUUAAAGAAGAUAUCUAAAAGCUUUCUCUACACUUUGACAUCCACCUCACUUUUAUUUGGGGGUAGACGGGGUGUUUAUUCCAUCUUUCUCUUUUCUGUAAAGUUAAGACCCUCUAGUUAUUCAUUAUUUCAUACUCUCUGGUUGGGCUUGAGUAGCUAACAGGAAAAGGUAUCAGCUUUCCAGUGCUGCAGACUAACCUAUUUGGAAGAGGACUUCCAGCUACCUUCUUGAAGUCCUUGGCUGUGCUGGUGGCCUCUCCCUACCAUCUGGUUUAAGCCAUGUGCUAAAUUUGCUUGUUGGCAUAUUCUGCUCCCACCUUCUGACUAAAACACCUUACCCAUACCACCUCCAUCUUAGCUCUCCUUUCCCAGGCUGUUUCCCACCUUUCUGGACCAAGAUGGAAUGACAUGUCCACAACACAUCAAUUCUACACACGUUUAUUAGCACCAGUGAGGCAAGAUCUUAUCCUCUCAGACUUCUGUUUCUCACACUACCAGGAAAGAUAGGAAGAUAGCAAGUGCCUGAAACAGGGCAGCUCCAUAAGGGUACGGAGGCCGUGCUGACCCCAGAGGAGGGCACUGGAGAAUGCCCUCCCUAUCCUGCCAGCCAGAGUGGGCCUUGCCUCCACAUGGCCGCUUGGACAUGGUGCUCUGCAGGGCGCAGGGGUCUGACGGCUACCACUAGAUUACUCCUUAGACCACAUCUUAGCUUUAGUUUUCCUUCUGCACCUGCCUCGUUGCCUUGCACACAGGUGUUCUAUCAGUAUUUAUUGAACAAAGGAGGGAAACUUUGAUUUCACUCUCUGGUAUCAUUCCAAUUUUUAUGUGAAAACUGGAGAACCCAUAUAGUGUAUGCUUGUCUCAAAGGAAAGCACAGGACUGUCUCUGGCUGGUAGCACUACUUUUCUGUGGGUCCCCCGGUGGGCAGCCUGUAUCUUUUUCGCACUUUCCUAUUCUCAGUGCCUUUCUCCAGGUUCUGUAGAUGUCUGCCUGCAGCUCUGGCUUAUUCCAGCACCGAUAGUCCUGUUCUAGAGAUUCUAGUUCAUGGGUGAUCCAGCUGGUUACUGCCUUUCCCUCCCACUCACCUCAUUAUACCUUAUUACUACUGACUGAUUGAGGCAGGAGGGUCAUGGACUCUGUCCCCGAAACCCGGUAGAAUGACUUUGUCACCUUUAGGCCCACCUGCUUGUUCUUUAGGGAAGAGGCCUUACUUUCCUUGCGUGAUGCAGUAGGGCAGCAAUUUUCAACCUUUCUCAUCUCGUGACACAUAUAAACUAAUUGCUAAAAUUCUGUGGCACACCAAGAAAUAGAUUUUUUUGCCGAUCUCACACAAAAAAUAGGUAUAAUUUUGAUUCAUUCAAACCAAACAGCUAUUGUUGAGUUGGCUGUUGUCUUUUUCUCUCUUUAACAAUCUAAUGUAUUGCACAUUUUAAAAAUUCUUGCGGCACAGUGGUUGAAAUUCGCUGCAGUAGGGCAUGCUAUUAUAUGUUUUAAGCAGACAUAUAUGAGAAACAGCCCCUUCCCCCAAAAAAAGUCUCCAUGUAAAAGCACAGCCUGAAAGAUUAUGGACAGUGAAUUAUUUCUGGUGCAAAUCAAUUUCUACAAAUCUCAGUCUUUUCCUCUGUUUCUCUUCUGAUUAGGGGUUGCUUUUUUGGUAAGGUAAAAUAUUUUAGAGUUAAACAAUGGCAAUCCAACUCAGGUUUUUUAAAAGCAUGGCCCUCUCCAAGGGAAAUAAUGACAGUGGUAUUAAAGGUGCCAGGAACAAUAUGGCACUUUAUGGAAUGAAAUUGAUUAAUGAAUAAAAUGCUGUGAAUUGUCUCUCCAAUCAAAUGCUA